AUGAAUCUUGUUGAUACAGAUUCAGAACUUCGUUCCUCAAUCUCGCUGAUCGGAAAUGUUUUUUUCAUAUUUGAUCUUGGUGGUGGUACCUUUGAUGUGUCUCUAGUCACAAUUGAAGAUGAUAACAUUGAAGUUAAGGCCAUUUCUGGAGACACUCAUCUCAGAGGGAAAGAUUUCAAUAACAGAAUGGUGAGUCACUUGGUACAAGAGUUCAAAAGAAAGAUCAGAAUGGACAUUACUCGGGAUCCCAGAGCAAUGAGGAGGUUGAGAAACGAAUGUGAGAAAGCGAAAAGGAUAUUUUCACAUGCUAAUGAGAUAGAUGCUUUGUUUCAAGGCAUUGACUUUCGUUUCUCUAUAACUUGUGCAAGGUUUGAAGAACUCAACAGGGACUUGUUUGAGAAGUGCAUGGAGAUUGCUCAGAAGUGUCUUGAUGAUGCUAAGAUGGAGAAAAGAGAGAUACAUGACGUGGUCCUUGUUGGUGGAUCUUCUAGAAUCCCAAAAGUUCAGAAUUUAUUGCAGAACUUGUUUGAAGGGAAGGAUCUUUGCAAGAGUAUCAACCCGGAUGAAGCUGUUGCUUAUGGUGCUGCAAUUCAAGCUGCUUUGCUUAGUGAAAGUUAUAGCAUUGUGCCAAACAUGGUACUAGUUGAUGUCAAAGUGAGGCUUCUGAGCUUGAGAACUAUCUUAAAAAGUUAA